AUGGGCAACCAAACUUCCAAGGAGGGCGGCUCCUCUUCCAAGAACGGCGCCGGCUCCGGAGACGCUCUCCAGUCGUACCCUUCCUUCAGCAAGUCGGACACUAAAGACUCGACUCGGUCUUUUCGCGGGUUGCGGUCUAAAAUCCCGGGGAGCGGCAAGACUGACAGCCCGAGGAACUCCAUCGUGGCCAACGGCGACACGGGCGAUGCCGCCUCGGUGCGGUCAGGCAAGAGUGGCCGCUCCAGCAUCUCGCGUUCCGGCCGCAGCAGCGAUACGAUCCCGCUGAGGGGGAACUCGGUUGACCUGACGGCGGAGUCGCCCUCUCUAGACGACCAGAUCCCCCCGCCGUCGCCCGUCUCCGAAUCGGUCAAGAGCGGCACCCACGACGUAAGCGCCGCGCAAGCCUCGGGCGAGGUUGACCACGUUUCCGAUCAGCCACCGUCGGCCAACGCCAGCCUCAACACGCAUCUGCUGCCCCCGGGCCAGUCCAUCCUGGUAAAGCGCGAAGAUGCCCCCGUGAAGAAGCCGCCAAAGAAGCCCAAGAAUGACACCAUGGGCAUGGACGAGAUCAAAGAGAUGGACCUUGAUGACUACAUCAAGCGCCUCCUCGACGCUGGAUACGCCGGCAAGGUCACAAAGAGCGUAUGCCUUAAGAAUGCGGAGAUCAUGGCCAUCUGUGCGCGUGUGCGAGAGGUGUUCCUGGCCCAGCCCGCCCUGCUGGAGCUCGACGCCCCCGUCAAGAUUGUCGGGGACGUUCAUGGCCAGUACACCGACCUCAUCCGCAUGUUUGAGAUGUGCGGCUUCCCUCCCACGUCCAACUACCUCUUCCUCGGAGACUACGUCGACAGGGGCAAGCAGUCUCUCGAGACAAUCCUGCUGCUGCUCUGCUACAAGCUCAAGUUCCCCGAAAACUUUUUCCUGCUGCGAGGCAACCACGAGUGCGCCAACGUGACUCGAGUCUAUGGCUUUUAUGAUGAAUGCAAGCGACGGUGCAACAUCAAGAUCUGGAAGACAUUCAUCGACUGCUUCAACACGCUUCCCAUCGCCGCCAUCGUUGCCGGCAAGAUUUUCUGCGUCCACGGAGGCCUGUCGCCCGCCCUGAGCCACAUGGACGACAUUCGCAACAUUGCCCGCCCUACAGACGUCCCCGACUAUGGGCUGCUCAACGAUCUUCUCUGGGCGGAUCCGGCCGACAUGGAGCAAGACUGGGAGGCCAAUGAGCGAGGCGUGAGCUACUGCUUUGGAAAACGGGUCAUCACCGAUUUCCUUGCCCAGCACGACUUUGACCUGGUCUGCCGCGCCCACAUGGUGGUGGAAGACGGCUACGAAUUCUUUAACGACCGGGUUCUGGUGACCGUUUUCAGUGCGCCAAACUAUUGUGGUGAAUUCGAUAAUUGGGGCGCGGUCAUGUCGGUAUCGUCCGAGCUGCUCUGCAGCUUUGAGCUCCUGAAGCCACUCGAUUCGAGCGCUCUGAAGAGCCACAUCAAGAAGGGCCGCAGCAAGCGCCAGCAGAUGCUAAACAGUCCUCCUGCGAGUGUUAUGCCACAGAGUGUCUAA